AUACAACAAUCACUCGUUACUAUUACAUAAAAAAUUAAUUCAUUUAUUAUUUAUGCAAGCAUUCUAAAGAGUAAAGAGCAAUUUUCCAAUUGAGCCCUAAUUGUCGCUACGUCGUAUUAGCUGAGAGGCAGACAGGCAGUGUUGCUAUUUUCUUCUUAAUUCUUAUUUCAAAAAGAGAAUCUUCUGCAACUUUUCCCCCUCCUUUCUCUCUCACUGGCUUUUCUUCUCAAUUUCGUUCUUCUCCCUUUCCGCCGACUAAAAAUCCAACCUUUUCCCUCCUUCACUACUUCAGUCAAUCAAUCGCGGUUCACUCUUUCUCUCGCUGCUCUCUCUCUUCCACAAAAUGCAAGGCUUCGUCGGAUCGGUCAGGCGGUCGCUCGUCUUCCGCUCCUACCCAGAGAGCAUCAGCACCACGGCGGAACUCAACGGUGGCAACAGCCCUCCAUUUACGGGGAGACACCCAUUGGUCAAUAAGAUCCAUUCUUGCAUUCGAAAGUCGGGAAUCUUCGCCAAACCGUCGUCUUCCCCUCCGAUCCGAGCUUUUGGCUAUAAAGCAGUUCCCACUGUAGCUUCAUUGGGGUUAAGGGAGUUUUGUGCUGCAUUGUUGGAUUCACUAGAAAGUCGUUCUAUGAAGGCUCAUGUCAAAGAUCUUGAGGAAGAAGUGAAGCUUCUUAAGAAUCUUUCACAUACCAACAUCGUGAUACCUCGGCACAGAAAAUUUGGACCUUUUCCUGAAGCGGUUAUCGUAACUUAUACAGAACAAUUGUUGCUGGGUUUGGAAUACUUGCACAGUAAUGGCAUCAUGCAUAGAGACAUUAAGGGUGCAAAUAUCCUUGUAGAUAAUAAAGGAUGCAUUAAACUUGCUGAUUUUGGUGCAUCGAAGCAGGUAGUCGAGCUGGCCACAAUAUCAGGGGCGAAGUCAAUGAAGGGUACUCCAUACUGGAUGGCGCCUGAAGUCAUUCGUCAGACAGGGCAUAGCUUCUCUGCUGACAUUUGGAGUGUUGGAUGUACUGUGAUCGAGAUGGCAACUGGCAGGCCUCCUUGGAGCCAACAAUACCAAGAGGUUGCUGCCCUCUAUCACAUAGGGUCAACAAAGUCACAUCCAGAAAUCCCUGAGCAUCUCUCAGCUGAGGCAAAAGAUUUUCUGCUCAAGUGCUUGCAAAAGGAACCUGAUACGAGACUAGAUGCAUCUGAGUUGUUGAAGCAUCCAUUUGUUAUAGGGGAGAAUGGAGUUUCUGAUACAGCAACCAGUUUUAAUCCACAGUCAAAACCCACCGAAAUACACAUCAGACCAUUUCCAUCUUUAUCUGGCUCGGGAGAUCUCUGUAUCUUGGGGAGUAUAAACUACUCCAUAAAUCUGCAAAACUCAAGUGAAACUCAACAUCAGUGGAGACCAAAUGAUGGAGAUGACGAUAUGUGUCAGAUCGAUAGCGAUUUAAGUAGAUCAAAUCAAAAUCCUAUUAUGACUUCUGGUGAAUUUUGCAAUAAUCGUAAUGUCAAGCAUGAGUUCGUUGGAGGUUUAACGGGAAAAUUUGAUGAGUGUCUCGAACCAGAACAAAGAGAACGAAUGUUUACUGAAGAACCAGCUCAGUGCAAUAGAACCUUGUCAUGUGAGAUAUCAUUAUCCGAGGAGGAGGAUGAACUCACUGAAUCAAAAAUAAAAGCCUUUCUAGAUGAAAAGGCUUUAGAGCUGAAGAAACUGCAAACGCCUCUUUAUGAAGAAUUCUACAACAGCAUGAUUGCAACUAGCUCCUCAAGUUUUCCUCAGGGCUUGUGCAAUGAAACUUCUCCGAAUUACUUAAAGUUGCCACCUAAGAGCAAGUCACCUAGUAGAGGAGUUUCUCUGCGUGCCUCCUCCCCUGGAACUGUUACCAAAACCCCUGGGAGUACUGGCCGCAGUGCAUUAAAUGUUGUUGAUGCAAAUGAUGCAACUUCGAUAGCCAUUUCUUCUGCACAGACCGACGAACAAAAUGCAGUGUUUGCUGAUACGCAGCCAGAAUCUAGUAGCCCAGGCAUCGAGGUUUCUGAGAGACAGAGGAAAUGGAAGGAAGAGCUUGUUGAGGAGCUCGAGAAGAAGAGAGAGAUGAUGAGACAGGCAGGGCUUGCUGCCAAAACUUCGUCGUCGCCUAAGGAUCGAGCACUGAACAGGCACAGGGAAAAGAGUAGAUUCGCAUCACUCCAGGGAAGUAAGGCUUCAAACUUCCACCACUGACGAUAAAUGUUCUUCCCCAAAGUUUUGAUAAGGAAAGAUCAAAAUCUCUGUGAAGAGUUCUUCUGACACCCUUGUGAAUAUCUUUUGCCUACUACUUCUGGUUUCUCCAAAGCUUUGCCAUACAUGAGAGGAGAAUAGUUUUUGUUAAUAGAAAUGUGUAUUUUCAGUUCUCACCCUCUUGCUGGUUUGUAACCAUUUUUGCAUAAGAAAUGUAGUGGUGAAUAAAGUUGAUGGGAUUCUCCUCGAAAGAGCUAGAAUCUUAACUCCCACGAAAAUGUUCUCAGCCUCUUAAUCAAGAACUUUUCAAGCUUCCAUUCUGUAAUCUUUUCCUUGCAUUUAUUAUGAGCAAAGCUAGUGGACUAGUGGUUCAAUACUCAAUAAUAAAAUUGUGAGAUAGCAACCAAAAGUGCUAUGCAGAUUGAUACAUUUGUGCGUGCUUUAAUUUCCUUUUAAGGGGUUCUACUUGAGCGAUCAAUUACUAUGGUAUAAUUUCACGAAUUCAAAUUUUAAUAUUUGGCUAUCAUUAUAACCCUAAAAAAGGUGGGGAAUCCAUUCGAGAAAACUGCAAGUGUGAAUUAGCAACUGACCAUACAUCGACUCCUCCAACAAGUGACGUGAAUUUUUUGUCUGAAAAGCUUUUCUAGUCAAACAAGGACUACAAACUAAAGCAUCGUAUAAUCCAUUUCCUUCUCGAACAAGAGAUACAAUUAUCUGGACAAGAGCUGGAAACAGGGAAAGAAAGAAAAGCAGGAAUCACCUAUACGGCAAUAAGCUUAAACAGAAGGGUUAAUACCUUAUUUUGACGUGAACUAUAAGCCCAACUAUAUUUUUUGGAUAAUUUGAAUAUGAUAAAUUUUAUAAAUUAACCAAAAAUUAUCAAAUUAUUUUAUAUUUUUAAAACUUCCCAAAAAAUAUAAUUUAUAUCAUAAUUUUUAAAUUUAUAAAAUUUAAUUUGAUAAUUUUGGUUAAUUUAUAAAAUUUAUCAUUUUCAAAUAUCCAAAAAAAAUUAUUUUAUAUUUUUAGAAUUUUAUUUUUUGGUUAAUUGGAAAAUGAUAAGUAAUAUAAAUUAGGAAAAUAAUUUGAAUUUGAAUUUUUUAUUGAUUUUUAUGCUGACUAGGUAAUGACAUGACAUAUUGACUAACGGUCAACAGAGUUGACCGUCCAAAUUGACGGUCAAACUAUGUGUCGGGCCAAUUGAGUCUAUAUGCUGCAUAGUUGAGGCCAGAAUGUUAAUUUCUGAAACCACGGGCCAAAGUUGAUUAAAUGGUUAUAGUUCGG